AUGAGUGAGCUGUGGUACGAACAACCCGCGGCCACUUGGAAUGAGGCUCUCCCCUUGGGCAAUGGUCGACUUGGCGCCAUGGUCCACGGUCGCACCGAUACGGAGAUGAUCCAGCUUAACGAAGCUUCGUUAUGGUAUGGUGGGCCUCAACAACGAACACCCGAAGACGCCUUGGGCAACCUGCCAGCUCUGCGACAAGCCAUUCGCCAGGGAAAUCAUAUCGAGGCGGAAAGGCUCGUGACCACAUACUUCUUCGCAACCCCAGCAAGUCAACGACACUACGAGCCUCUCGGUAAUCUUUUCUUGGAUUUUGGACAUAAGCCCGAGAACGUUAACAAGUACGUACGUUCUUUGGACCUUACAAAGGGGGUCUUGCAUGUCAACUACGAGCACCAGGAUGUUGCAUACGAGCGACAGAUGAUUGCCACUGAUAAUCCUUCAGUACUCAUUCUGCGCGUUCGCUCCUCAGUGAAGACAGGUUUUAUGCUACGUCUGACCCGAAUGAGUGACCUUGAAUUUGAGUCGCAUGAGUACUUUGAUUAUGUCGAGACCGUCGGAAAGAGUCCUAACUUGAAAAUUCCGGGUCGUAAGGAGAAUACAAUCACCAUGCACAUCACGCCCGGUGGAAAGGGAAACCCUGCCUGUUGCAUCGUCCAUGUUCAAACCCUCGAUACGGACGGGAAAGGCAGUAUUACUAAAGAGGGCAAGAACCUGGUCGUCAAUUCUGAUGAUGCGGUAAUUUACAUCGCGGCGCGAACAAGUGUGAAUGGGAAGAAAGGUGAUAACCAUGCGGAAGCCGAUAUUGCAAGCAUUGCAUCCGCUCCACGCGAUACCUGGAGACAACAAGUCCAAGAGAACCAGAAGAUAUGGAAGCGAAUGCAUCUGACGCUCCUACCAGAUCGAUCAGACCUUUCUACAGAUAAACGAGUUUUGGAAACCAGAGACCCGGGCUUGAUAGCACUCUACCAUAACUACAGCCGCUAUUUGCUCAUGGCCUGUAGUCAUGAAGGGAGCGCGGCUUAUCCUUUACCGGCUAAUCUACAGGGAAUCUGGAACCCUUCUUUUCACCCGGCUUGGGGCUCUAGAUUUACCAUCAACAUCAAUCUGCAGAUGAAUUAUUGGUCUGCAAACCUUUGUAACCUAUCUGAAUGCGAAAUGCCUUUGUUCACACACCUCUCCCGGAUGGUAGCCAAUGGCGAGAAUACUGCGGAAAAGAUGUACGGUUGUCGUGGCUGGACUGCCCAUGCGAACACUGAUAUCUGGGCCGACACCGAUCCUGUAGACCGUUGGAUACCAGGUACGCUCUGGCCGCUCGGAGGUGCAUGGCUCUGCUGUCAUAUAUGGGAGCAUUUCCAAUUCACGGGAAACGAGAGCAUUCUCCGAGAAUAUUUUCCAGUUCUUCGUGGAUGUGUCGAGUUUCUCCUCGACUUCCUGAUCAAAGAUUCAUCUGGAAAAUAUCUAGUGACAUCCCCAUCCGUCUCGCCUGAGAAUUCAUAUUACGACAAGAAAGGACAGAAGGGUGUGCUAUGUGAGGGAGCAACCAUUGACAUCCAAAUAAUUGAUGCUGUGCUACGAGACUUCGAGUUAGCAACCGCGCAACUAGGCAUGACGGAUGAUUCCCUCCUUCCCCAGGUUCACUCAACUCGCACUCGGCUCCCACCUAUGCAGAUCAGCCCGAAAGGCUACCUACAAGAAUGGGCUGAAGACCAUGACGAAGUCGAGCCUGGCCAUCGACACACGUCUCAUUUAUGGGCCCUCUACCCCGGCAAUGCGAUCACGCCAGACAAGACCCCCAACCUCGCAGCUGGGUGCAGAGAGACGCUUCGCCGACGCGCCGAGCACGGAGGUGGUCACACAGGCUGGAGUCGUGCCUGGCUCAUCAAUCUGUACGCCCGACUCCGUGACACGGCGGAAUGUCAAAAGCAUCUCGACUUAUUACUGGCGAAAUCUACCCUUCCGAAUCUCUUUGACAAUCACCCGCCAUUCCAGAUCGAUGGUAAUUUUGGUGGGGCUGCAGGUAUCGUGGAGAUGUUGAUUCAGUCCCACGAGUCGGGAUUUAUUCGACUCCUCCCAGCCUGUCCGAGCGACUGGACGGGAACCAUCCAUGGCGUGCGUGCUCGAGGGGGCUUCGAACUGGACUUUAGCUUUGAAAAUGGAGCUCUUGUGGGUGAUGUCAUUAUCCAGUCCCAGGGAGAAAAGAAAGUCACUCUUGUUUUCCCGGGUGGGUUUGAGUUGAAUAUUGAGUGUGCUGGCAAAUCCAGGUUCCCGCCGGAGAUUUACUCUAGAUAG